UUUAGAUACGUAGUUUUGUUGAAUGGUCGGAAAACGGUACACGAGGCUUUGGUCAAACAUUCACUUAAUUUCUCGAGUCGACCUAUGUUUUAUAUGGAUGAUUUUGUCAACCCGAAACGUUCAGGAAUAGUUAAGCAUCCUUACGAUGACCACUUCAAAUUUCAUCAUCGAAUAUGUAUCAACGUUUUGAGAAACCUGGGAUUCGGACAGGGAAUCAUGGAAUCUAGAAUCAAAAUCGAAGUUGAAGAUCUCGUAAGAAGAAUUGAAAUGAAGAACAAACAGGCGUUUGAUCCAUCUUUCGAAAUAGUUUCUGCUGUCUCAAACGUCAUAUGUAGCAUAAUAUUUGGCAAGGGAUGGGUCAAAGAAGAUCAAGAAUUUCUCGAAGGAUUGAAUCUCAUGUACUCCAUGAUCAACAGUGCUAACAAGUCUCUGAUCAUCAAUUUCUUUCCCAUUUUACGUCAUUUCACCUACUACAAAAAAAUUAUUGACAACGAGAAGGUUCUAUUCGGUCGAUGGCAAAUUUAUAUCAAUAAAAUAGUCAACAGAGUUGUGAAAACUGAAGAAAGCGAAAAUUUUUGUCGCUUGUAUUUGGAAGAAGCGAAACAUUUUGCCAAUGUAACAUUUGAUGAGGACCAAUUUAUCGGCACCAUAACAGAUCUGUUUGCAGCAGGUGUAGACACGACUGCAACCACUUUGCGCUGGUUCAUCGUCAUGAUGGCUAACAAUCAAGAUGUUCAGAAGAAAAUUCAGGAUGAGUUGGAAAGAGUUGUUGGUCUCAAAAAAGUUCCAUCUCUUGAAAAUAAACCUAAUCUUCCGAUCACUGAAGCUGCUAUUUUAGAGGUCAUGAGGUUUAAGACUCUGCUACCAUUCGCAUUCCCACAUUGGACCACCAAACAGACAAUUAUCGACAACAUUUUGAUACCUAAUAAUGUCAUGGUAAUGCCAAAUUUGUACAGCGUUCACAUGAACACUGACGACUGGAAUGAACCAGAAAAAUUUAAAAUUGAAAGAUUUUUGAACGAGGAUCAAACCCAAGUUGUUAGGAGAGAUCUCAUCAUGCCCUUUUCUUUGGGUAAACGAGCGUGUCUUGGAGAGGUCCUGGCUAAGCAAGAAAUAUUUUUAUUUGCAUCGACACUGUUACAAAAAUUCAACAUUGUUCCAUCGGAGGGUGAGGAGAAAAUAUUUGUAACUGAGAAAAUUGGCCUAACAAACACCCCUUCCCCUUACAAAGUCAGAUUCAUUUGCAGAAAGUAA